CAUGGCCUAGGUAACUCACUUCCUCUAACACGCAACUCACAAAGGUUUCCGUUGAUUUUCCUCCGAAGCCGCCAUGGAACCGGAGGCUGUCUUCAAACUCUUUGAUGCUCUCUGGUUUGAGGUUAACAAUUUGAAGAAAAAUUCAAGCCCUCACACAUCAAUUACAUGUCCUACAGAAAGUCUAGAUUAUGAGAUAAAACAAGAAGAAGAAAAAGAAGAAGAACAACCAAAGCUACCCUUGAUCCGAACGAGCCACACCAGAUCCAUGAGUGACCAAUCCAUCGCAACCACAAGCUUCAACCAUGAAUCUCUUUCACCAGACUCUGUGCUUCUUCUCCAUCCAAAGCUCCAAACUAUUCUCUCAGGAAAAGAAGUCACAGAUUCAGAACCUGAGAACCAUGAUGAGGUGACGUGUCCAAAGAAGAACAAGAAAAUCUCAAGCCAUGGAGCUAGGAAGAGAAGGGAAAGCAAGAGUUUGUCAGACCUUGAAUUUGAGGAGCUAAAAGGGUUCAUGGAUCUGGGGUUUGUUUUCUCAGAGGAGGAUAAAGACUCAAGCUUGGCUUCAAUUAUUCCUGGGUUACAAAGGCUAGGGAAGAAGGAAGAGGAUCAAGAAGAUGAUUGUGAAGAGAUAAGUGUUCCAAGGCCUUACCUUUCUGAAGCAUGGGAGGCUCAGGAAUAUGAUAGGAGAAAAAAAGAGAACCCCUUAGUGAAUUGGAAAAUGCCUGCUUUCAACAAUGAAACUGACAUGAAAGAUAGUCUCAGAUGGUGGGCUCAUACUGUUGCUUCCACUGUCAGAUGAUGCUGUUCAAUGUUCAUAGUCCAUUUUCUUUUUUCCCUUCAUAUAUACAUUUUCCUUGUUCUUUUUCCAUUUUUUUAUGUACUUAUUCCCAUUUAGAUUUUUUCUUCCUGGAGUUAGUCAUUGCACAAAUUUGUUACCUGUAAUUCUAGACAUAAAGAAAAGAAAUUUCGUUCUGCAUUUCAGAA